CAUAACUAUAAGGUUCAUGUUAUUUACAACAAUAAUGAAAUCAGAUUUCAAAGAUAAGAUUUAUCUCACUAUGAUCAAUUAUUGGUCAUGGUGGUGGGAUGUGGACAAUGAAGGAGACGAGCUUGCUUGCACAAUUCUCACCAUUUUGGUUCUAGUUUUAUCCCUUCUAUGGUACAAGUGGACCGGAUGGUUUACAAAGGGUGGUAGAAUUCGGUUGCCACCAGGUCCUUAUGGCUUACCAGUUUUCGGGUACCUCCCCUUUUUGAGCCACCAAUUACAUGAAAGAUUCACCGAGAUAUCGCAUAGAUAUGGUCCUAUCUUUAGCCUGAGGCUGGGAAGUAAGUUUCAUGUUGUGGUGAGCUCUGUGGACCUAGCAAAGGUUGUGACUCGUGAAUUUGACCGGACUUUUGCUAACCGCAGUCCUCCUGUGGCAGCACUAACCAUCACUUAUGGUGGGCUGGAUAUUGCAUGGUCCAACAACAACGCAUACUGGCGCAACAUGCGUAAACUUUUGGUGAGCCAAGUGUUGAGCAAUGCAAAUCUUGAUGCUUGUCAGGGUUUUAGAACAACUGAAGUGAGAAAAACAAUAAGUAAUGUUUAUGCAAGGAUGGGGACACCUGUUGAUAUCAAUGAAAUUGGUUUUGACACAGAACUUAACGUUGUAACGAGCAUGCUAUGGGGUCGUAGUAGCAUAUCUGGUGAUUUUUUUGAUGGGUUUCGAGAAGUUGAGUUUAAGAUUAUCGCGUUACUGACUGCACCAAAUAUCUCCGAUUUUAUCCCGGUGUUAUCAUGGUUUGAUUUACAGGGGAGAAACAGAGAAAUGCAGAAGCAACGCGAACAUCUUGAUAGGAUUUUGGACCACAUUAUUGAAGACAGAAUCGAAACAAACUCUAGAAAAACUGAAGACGCAGCUGAGGAUGACGGAAGGAAGGAUUUUCUGCAGAUCAUGUUAGAGCUUAAAGACCAGAAAGAUGCAUCCACAUCAUUUGACAUAGUUCAAAUAAAGGCCCUAUUAUUUGACAUCUUGACAGCAUCAACAGACACAACUUCAACGAUGGUUGAAUGGGUGAUGGCAGAGAUUCUGAAUAAUCUAGGUGUAAAGACAAAGAUUCAUGAAGAACUAACAGAGGUUGUGGGUAUGGAUAUUGUUGAAGAAUCUCAUCUACACAAAUUAAAAUAUUUGGAUGCUGUGGUCAAGGAGACAUUUAGGGUACACCCUCCACUUCCUCUCUUAAUCCAGAGAAGCCCUGAUGAAACUUGCAUGGUGGGUGGAUACACAAUUCCAAAGGGUAGUAUCGUCUAUAUUAACGCUUGGGCGAUCCAACACGAUCCCAAGAACUGGACGAAUCCUUUAGAGUUCAAGCCGGAGAGGUUCUUGAAUGGAAAAUGGGAUUACAGUGGAACUAAUAUCAAUUUUUUACCAUUUGGAUCAGGAAGAAGGAUAUGCCCAGGCGUCCCCCUUGGGGAGAAGAUGUUGAUGUAUAUAUUAGCAUCACUCUUGCAUUCGUUCGAGUGGAUCUUGCCUAAAGAUGAAGAGUUUGAGCUUUCAGAUGAGUUUGGAUUUGUGACCAAGAAAACGAAACCACUGGUUGCAAUACCAUUUCAAAGAUUAUCUGAUGCAACUCUCUAUGAAUGAUAAUUAUGUUGUUCAAUGAAUAAAUUAAAGUUUAUUGAAAUAUAUAUAUAUAUAUAUAUAUAUAUGUGUGUGUGUGUGUGUGUGUGUUCUACCGGUUGAUCUAAAAUGUACCAGUCGGAAUUAAAUGUUAUGAAUAAAUUAAAACUAAUUUAUUGCAUACUAGUUGGC